CGAAUUGCAAUGCAUAUGUUUGGUGUAAUUGAGUUGAGCUUGAUGGUCCCUGAUUACUAAAAAUGAUGUAUCAAUGUACGUACAUCAGGGACGGCACGUUCAGCUAGGACGAACCAACAUUGCCAACAACAUCGUGGCAAAGCUUGACACAAUAUCUCUGUCUUAAGGAGAAUUUGAUUUUUUGGAUUUUGCAUCACCUCCGAAUUCUAGAUCAGGGUAUAUGAGUCGGUGUCGAGUAUAAGAAUUGCUUCAUACCCUCACAGGAGAACUUGAAUUCUGAAGAUCAGAAAACCUACAUAUACAAAAUCAAAUAUACUUGGAAAUUUGAGAAGCAACAUUUGUUCAACAUGGCUCAAGCUACCACUGUUCUUAUUACCGGUGCAAACAGAGGAAUUGGCAAAGUUCUUCUCGAAACGUACCUCGCACGUCCAAACCACACCGUCAUUGCCGCCGUUAGAGAUCCUCAGCACUCUACCUCACAAUCUCUCCCCUCCCUCUCGACUGCCUCCGGCACGAAGCUCGUCCUUGUCAAAAUCGACAGCAACAUCGACACCGAUGCUCCCCUAGCCAUCAAAACCCUAACCCAAGACCACAAAAUCACCCGCCUAGACCUCGUCAUCGCCAACGCCGGCCUAUGUGACUGGUUCGGCCCAACGAUCUCCCUCCCCGUCGAGCAACUCACCAAGACCUUCCAAGUAAACACCAUCGCCCCCCUCCUCCUCUUCCAAGCCACCUACCCCCUCCUCCAAAAAUCCAGCAACCCGAAAUUCGUCUUCGUGUCCUCGUCCGUCGGCUCAGUGACCAAUGCACACGUCAAACUCCCGUUCAAUUGCGCGCAGUAUGGCGCAUCGAAGGCGGCGUUGAAUUAUUUGGCGAGGAAGUUGCAUAGUGAGGUUCAGGAUGUGACUAUCUUUCCGGCGCAUCCCGGGUGGUUGAAUACGGAGAUGGGGGUUGGGAGUGCGAAGCCGGUGGGGCUGGAGAGUGCGUUGACGGAUGUUGAGGAGGGGGUUAAGGGGUUGGUGGGGCAGAUUGAUAAGGCGACGAGGGAGGAGACUAGUGGGGAAUUUGUGAUGUAUGAUGGGAGUGUGACGCCUUGGUAGGUGCUGGCUAGAGUAAAGGAAUGGAGUACAGUACAUGGAGCGUUGCUGAGGGUACUGUACUCCACAUGUUGACUGAAGGAGGAGACGAUGUUGGCAUGGGUGUGUGUCGGUCUUUCGUAGAAUACGUGCAGUGCUGAAUGGACUUUUUUCUCGUGUCGACUAGCGUCGCUGCAACUGGAUGUUCUCUGUGAAUGUAGCUAUUAGACGCAAUGAUUUAGAAGAUAAGGC